UGGAAGAGAUUUGGGGAUAUAAAAUGAAGGAACUCUGGCAUGCAGCACUUUUGAGUUCAUAUUAUGAACGUCAUCAGCUUCAUGCCACAUUAAUUAGACUCAUAGUGUAUUCUAAUCACUCAAAAACAAGCGAGAGCGUUUGUGUCUCACUGCAACCUCAAAAUAAUUCCUCACCCGGUCUCUUUGGCACUUCUGUCUGAAGCGCGAACCUCACAGCGCAGCCAUGGCCGGCGACGAUCAGCGGGCGCUACAGUAUGAACAAACUUUGAUGUAUGGUCGCUACACACAGGAGCUGGGGGUGUAUGCUAAAGAAGAGGCAGCUCGCCUGAGGGAAGAGGGGGGGCGGAGGCGCUCGGUCACAGAACGCUCACGCUCCCUGGAACUCCUUGAGUACGACAAGGGCCGCUGCGCCAAGUGUCGCAUCUGUACAUUGCGCUGUCAGAAGUUCCUCAUCUCUCGUGUUGGUGAAGACUGGAUCUUCCUCAUCCUCCUCGGUCUACUCAUGGCUCUGGUCAGCUGGGUGGUUGACUUCGCUAUCGCCAUCUGUCUACAAGCACAGAAGUGGAUGUACGGAGGCCUGGAGAGUAAUGUGUUUCUCCAAUACCUGGCCUGGGUCACCUACCCUGUGGUGCUCAUCACCUUCUCAGCUGGCUUCACACAGAUACUGGCCCCACAGGCCGUAGGUUCAGGUAUCCCAGAGAUGAAGACCAUUCUGAGGGGUGUAGUGCUGAAAGAAUACCUCACCUUUAAAACCUUUGUGGCCAAAGUGAUCGGCCUCACCUGUGCCCUGGGCAGUGGCAUGCCUCUGGGAAAGGAGGGUCCGUUUGUUCACAUUGCCAGUCUGUGUGCUGCACUCCUCAGCAAGUUCAUGUCUCUGUUUGGUGGAAUCUACGAGAAUGAGUCGAGGAACAUUGAGAUGUUGGCAGCUGCUUGUGCUGUGGGGGUCGGCUGCUGUUUCGCUGCCCCUAUUGGAGGUGUGCUGUUCAGUAUUGAGGUAACAUCUACGUUCUUUGCGGUGAGGAAUUACUGGAGAGGGUUCUUCGCUGCUACAUUCAGUGCCUUCAUCUUCAGAGUCCUGGCUGUGUGGAAUAAAGACGAGGAGACCAUCACAGCUCUGUUUAAAACCCGUUUCCGUCUGGACUUCCCUUUUGACCUCCAGGAGCUCCCAGCCUUCGCUGUCAUUGGUAUUGCCAGUGGUUUUGGCGGUGCAUUGUUUGUCUACCUGAACAGACUGAUAGUCCAGUUCAUCAGGAAACAGAAGACCAUCAACAAGUUCCUCAUGAAGAAGCGUCUGCUGUAUCCAGCCCUGGUCACUCUGCUGGUGUCUACGCUAACAUUUCCCCCCGGCUUCGGACAGUUCAUGGCAGGCAAGCUGACCCAGAAGGAGUCCCUGGUGACGUUGCUAGACAACCGGACAUGGGCCAAGCAGGGCAUAGCCGAGGGGUUUGACUACAUCGGCAACUCCCAGGCCUGGAAUCACCCCCAGGUCAAUGUCUUUGUCACCCUCGUCCUCUUCAUCGUAAUGAAGUUCUGGAUGUCUGCUCUGGCCACCACCAUUCCUGUGCCAUGUGGAGCCUUCAUGCCCGUCUUCGUCAUUGGGGCAGCGUUUGGCCGUCUGGUCGGGGAGAGCAUGGCUGCCUGGUUCCCUGAUGGCAUCCACUCUGAUGGCACCAUCUACCCCAUAGUGCCAGGAGGGUACGCCGUUGUGGGUGCGGCAGCCCUGUCUGGAGCGGUGACCCACACGGUGUCGACAGCGGUCAUUGUGUUUGAGCUGACGGGUCAGAUCAGCCACAUCCUGCCGGUGAUGAUAGCGGUAAUACUGGCCAACGCCGUGGCCCAGUCCCUCCAGCCCUCGCUAUAUGACUCCAUCAUCAGGAUCAAGAAACUACCCUACCUCCCUGAGCUGGGCUGGGGACACCACGAGAAGUAUAAUAUUCGUGUGGAGGACAUCAUGAUCAGGGAUGUGACCUACAUCACCCUCAACUGCUGCUACAGAGACCUGCAUGAUGUACUGCUGGCUGGACACCUCAAGACCCUGGCCCUGCUCGAGUCCAGUGAGUCAAUGAUCCUGCUGGGUUCUAUUGAGCGUGCCCAGCUCCAGGCCCUCCUGUCCCUACAGCUGGGCCGGCCACGGAGACUGGAGUACCUGAGAGACCGGGCUACUGCUGAGAAGAAGCGCUUGUCGAUGGUCUCCCAUCCGGGCAGCGAGGACGGCUCCCAGAGGGUUAACCAGGAGGUCCGGUUCCAGAUCUCGACAGAGGAGUCUACCUUCAGUCCCACCCCUACCCCCUCUAUGAAGCCACUGAAGCCAGCCCUGAAGAGACCCUCUGUGGUGGACCGCCCCACUGGGAUACCCAUACCCACAAGUCCACAGGACCACUCUAGCAGCACCUUAAAGAAUCUCUUCUGUGUCAACCCUGAGACAGAAGGCCUGGAGAACAAGAAUGUCAACAUCAACAUCAACACUGCGACUCCUGAGUUUAGGAGGCCACCCAAGCGUGUCCGGAUAUCCGUCGUGGAUGACUUUGAUGUGGAUGAUGACAUGACCAUCAGAGAGAUUGCAGAGUGGGAGGAGAACCAGCUUGACGAGCAGGUGAACUUUGACAACUGCAAGAUCGACCCUGCCCCCUUCCAACUGGUGGAGCGCACCUCACUACAUAAGACCCACACCAUCUUCUCUCUGCUUGGGUUGGACCAUGCCUAUGUCACCAGCAUCGGACGACUCAUUGGAGUGGUGUCCCUCAAAGAGCUGCGGAAGGCCAUCGAGGGUUCUGUGGCGGUAAAAGGGGUGAAGGUGCGCCCCCCUCUGUCCAGUUUCCGGGACAGCGGCACCAGCGGCACCAGCAGCAGCAAUAGUGAGAACGAAGCCACAGAGCUCCACAAGCUGUGGGACCGUCACAAGUCCAUGUCCCUCCCCCGGGAGCACCUGGCCUCCGACUCUGAUGAGAAGUCCCAGUGAGGGGGAUGGGGACAGGGGGAUGGGAUGGUGACGGGUGUGUUGGAGGGUAGAGGAGUAUGAGGAGCGUAGACCCCCCCCCGCCCCACCUCAAAACCACAACCGAUGCUGCAACCUCAGGGCUUGGAUCAAUACUAAAUUCUGGAAAAAUAAAGUUCUCUCCUCCUCCUCUCCUAACCUUCCUCUCCAUCCCUCUCUCCUUUACCCCUCCUCCCAGUGGGCUUUUGGGCCCUGCACUUACUCAACUCUUGAGGCUGAGGGAUGGACUCUGCUCUCGCCCCAACCAGAACAGAAGAAAUCUGGGUGUUAGGGAGGGGAGAGGAGUGUCACUGCUUAACAAAGGUGGUCAGAACAAAAUGUAUAGAAUGUGGUUUGACUAUAAAAGGUAUUGCAUUUUUAUUCUUUUUUAUAGCAACCUGGGUAUUGGUGAGGAAAUGUUCAAAGUUUGUUUUCAUUUUGUGGACCUGUAAACAUUUCUUUCUGACCAGUCUUCCAUAUACAGACGGUUCUAUGGUGAUAAGAAGAUAGGCUUGUGUACCGGUAAAGAUGUAAGUGUGUGUAUUGAGUGCAUGGACGUUUUGGUUUGUAUGUAUUUACACGAAGAAGGUAGCGAAACCAACCACCUGCUUUAAUUACUUUGUGAUUUGAAUCUUCUUAUCAGACACAUUUCAAUCUUAUCAUUCCAGCUCUGUCCUAUUUUGUUCCCAUCUGGUUGAGUGACCUGGAACUGGAAAUAAGUAUGGAGGUAGCCUAGCGGUUAGAGAGUUGGGCUAGCAACCGAAACGUUGCUGGUUCAAAUACCUGAGCCGACAGGGUGAAACAUGUCUGUGCCCUUGAGCAAGACACCUAACCCUACUUAUCUCCAGGGGUACUGUACUACUAUGGCUGACACAGUAAAACAACACAUCUCCCUCUACCUAUCCAGUGUAUGGGACGAUGCAACAGCUAUGUUUAUGUUUUAUUUUUUGUCCUUGCCUCUGUAGAAAGAACCACAUACUGUUCUGGUCUCACAUUGGGAGACAUCUUCACCUCUCUCUCUCUCUCUCUCUCUCUCUCUCUCUCUCUCUCUCUCUCUCUCUCUCUCUCUCUCUCUCUACAGCGAGACAAAUGACUGGUUAAUGUUCCUUGCAGUCUCUCUUCUUUCUGCCUCUUGUUCUCUCUCUCUCUCUCUCUCUCUCUCUCUCUCUCUCUCUCUCGCUCUCUCUCUCUCUCGCUCUCUACUUUUUUCUGUGUUGCAUUUGUGAGUGAGUCUGGGUGAGAGAAUAGUCUACUCUAUGCAAACAGAUGUACAGUAUGUAUGUAGGAAUUAUGUAGAAUGGUGAAAGCAUGUGUGCUAUUAACUCCUUUAAGAAAGCACGGCUUCAAACACACGCACACACACAUACACACACACACAGGUUUUAAUAAGAGCCAGUCUGCACACUCCAAGAGAAGAGGGUUUCUCUAAAUAUAGCUCUUAAUAACCCUGACUGAGUGUGUUGGGCUAGGGAGGAAGGGAGGAAGAGAGGAAGAAGGAAUGUGGGAAGAGAGAGUGAAUGGACGGCUGAAAGAUGACAGGAUGAAAGCUUUUCAGUUAUCUAAUCUCCUGCUUUAGGGUGUUUUUCUUCAAUCAAACCCAGGGUAGCUUUCUGGUUGGCCAACUUCACAUCCCCGCUGUAUAUGCCUAUUGUCCAGUAACACUAUGGUGAUCAGAGUAGGGUCAGACCCAGACCACAUAUAGCCAGUUUGAUUAAUGCUGUAAGGUAGCCAACUGACUGAAACUAGAUAUCUGAACUAACUGUCCAAUGACAAACACUAUAGCCCGUGCAUACUGACCAAUAAGAAACCGUCAGCAUUACAGAUCAGUGUUCUAUACAUAACCAAUGACAAAGCACUCCAUUCCUGCUACAGUAUGACUUAUCAAUAGGCCUACUGAUGUAUAGAGCAGCCUAGAGAAGGUCUAGUUAGAUGGUUAGGAGUCUGACCUCUGUGCUUUUUACUUAUUCAUGUAUUUUCCUCACGACAGUCUCUGGCUUAAUGUGCUGCAUGGUUUCCUUAGUCAUUUGAAUGUAUUUAACUUUUAAUUACGUUUCGCUUGGUGAUAGAAGCUCCAUACUGCACAAGCCCAAUGUGCAGCUUCCAAUCAGAUCUCACACACUCCCUCACUGAAUUGUGGGUCAAUAUAUAUAUAUUUUGUUAGUAUGGCCACUAGUCAUUUUAUUUCCGUCUUUCUUGCUCUCUCGCUCUCUGAUGAUUAUCAGGCAGGGGUCAUUUUGUGUCGUCUUUCUCGCUCUCUCUCUCUCUGAUGAAUAUCAGGCAGGGGUCAUUUUGUGUCGUCUUUCUUGCUCUCUCUCUCUCUGAUGAUUAUCAGGCAGGGGUCAUUUUGUGUCGUCUUUCUUGCUCUCUCUCUCUCUGAUGAAUAUCAGGCAGGGGUCAUUUUGUGUCGUCUUUCUUGCUCUCUCUCUCUCUGAUGAAUAUCAGGCAGGGGUCAUUUUGUGUCGUCUUUCUUCCUCUCUGAUGAUUAUCAGGCAGGGGUCAUUUUGUGUCGUCUUUCUUGCUCUCUCUCUCUCUGAUGAUUAUCAGGCAGGGGUCAUUUUGUGUCGUCUUUCUUGCUCUCUCUCUCUCUGAUGAAUAUCAGGCAGGGGUCAUUUUGUGUCGUCUUUCUUGCUCUCUCUCUCUCUCUGAUGAUUAUCAGGCAGGGGUCAUUUUGUGUCGUCUUUCUUCCUCUGAUGAUUAUCAGGCAGGGGUCAUUUUGUGUCGUCUUUCUUGCUCUCUCUCUCUCUGAUGAUUAUCAGGCAGGGGUCAUUUUGUGUCGUCUUUCUUGCUCUCUCGCUCUCUGAUGAUUAUCAGGCAGGGGUCAUUUUGUGUCGUCUUUCUUGCUCUCUCUCUCUCUGAUGAUUAUCAGGCAGGGGUCAUUUUGUGUCGUCUUUCUUUCGCUCUCGCUCUCUGAUGAUUAUCAGGCAGGGGUCAUUUUGUGACGUCUUUCUUGCUCUCUCGCUCUCUGAUGAUUAUCAGGCAGGAGUCAUUUUGUGUCGUCUUUCUUGCUCUCUCGCUCUCUGAUGAGUUUCAGGAAGGGGUCAUUUUGUGUCGUCUUUCUUGCUCUCUCUCUCUCUGAUGAUUAUCAGGCAGGGGUCAUUUUGUGUCGUCUUUCGUUCUCUCUCGCUCUCUGAUGAUUAUCAGGCAGGGGUCAUUUUGUGUCGUCUUUCUCGCUCUCUCGCUCUCUGAUGAUUAUCAGGCAGGGGUCAUUUUGUGUCGUCUUUCUUGCUCUCUCUCUCUCUGAUGAUUAUCAGGCAGGGGUCAUUUUGUGUCGUCUUUCUCGCUCUCUCGCUCUCUGAUGAUUAUCAGGCAGGGGUCAUUUUGUGUCGUCUUUCUUGCUCUCUCUCUGAUGAUUAUCAGGCAGGGGUCAUUUUGUGUCGUCUUUCUUGCUCUCUCGCUCUCUGAUGAUUAUCAGGCAGGGGUCAUUUUGUGUCGUCUUUCUUGCUCUCUCUCUCUCUGAUGAUUAUCAGGCAGGGGUCAUUUUGUGUCGUCUUUCUUUCUCUCUUCUUUGCAAUGUUUGCACUGAAAGGCCUGAUGCCUCUGAAAAGGACUGAGCAGAGUCACUUCCUGUGUCAAACACUCCUUCCACCUGCAGUUGUUGUUAUUUUGAUUUACUGCUGUUUUCUGCCAGUGACGUCAAGAUUUCUGCUCACAUAUGCAAGCUGAGUGCAUCUGGCUGGUUAUACACAUUCAGGUGCCUUAUUCAGUGCCACAUUGAACAAAGUACACACACACACACACUGACAUUUCAACCACCUGGAUGUGUUAUUGCAUGAAAAGGUUUUAUUUUCAGUGGUGAGUUAUUGCCUUGUUCACUGCCACUGAAAAGAAAAGACACACACUAACCUCUUCAGACUGACAUGCCCAUCCUCACAUGCAGAGAUAGACACUCACACACCUUGAGUGACAGCAUGGCUUUGCAUGAAGGAGUGCAUGUGACUUUGAAGGCUGUGUUUUUAUAUUGUUAGAAUUAUGACCAGAAAAAGAUUGAAAAUAUGAGGAGAAAUAUGCUCUUGUGUAUAUCAUUUUAAUUGACAAUGUCAUGAUGAUGAUGAUGAUGGCUAUUUGUUAAAUAUGUUGUUUUUAUCCUCCUUUAUUUUGUCUUUUCUCAUUGAAUUCAUUUUGAUCUAGGUUUGAUUGGCAUCAUGCAUUCAUACAAUGAGCUUUAUUCAUGACUUAUUUUGGGAAAGGGGACAGAGCUUUUUGGGGAGGCGUGAAUUUAGAACUUUGCUAUAGGUUUACAGAUUUAAUAUAUUUAACAUAUCAUGGCUGUAAUAUAUGAUCAUUGCUAUCUAUCAAGUUGCUCUUCCUGCAACUCCUUUUUAGUUUUUGUUGCAUAUUGCUCUUCCAUGUCUGAUUGUUAUAAAAAGGUCCAAUGCUCAAUGUUUUUCCAGCCUUGCAGCAUGUCCCCAACAUUUAUACAUUGUUAUAUAUGUCAUUUGUAUAAUGCAAGUAAAACUAUAACACUAGCAGAAUGAGACCCACUCUCUGAAGUAGCAGGAACAUUUAAGGAAUGUUUAAAGAAUUUUUAAAGGACCCAUGGGUGUUCUAAUGCCCUGUGGUCCGUAUGACAUCAUCAUUUCACAAGUGCCUACAUCAUCUCAGGCCUCUGCAUGGUAACAGGAGUAGGAUAGGUUCUCUCUGUAAAUGAAUGUGAUACAUUUAAGGGAUAGUAAUGUCUACCCAUGUCUCUGCAUUUGAUAGUAGUCAUUCAUACACACACACACACACACACACACACACACACACACACACACACACACACACACUAAAGACGUACACACACACAGAGGAGGAGGAUAAUGUGUCCGUGCAGUGUGCAAUUAUCCCUAAUCACCACGGCAACUCGCCGUUGUCAUUCCCCAAGCUAGCUGAAGGGACCAGUGAAAAUACACACUUUUGAUUUGCUUUAGUUCUCAUUAUUUUGUGUUUCUCUGAAGUCACUCCUUAUUUUCCCUGUCCUUUCUUUAUGACAUCUCAUUUGCUACCAGAUAGAUAUAGUAGGGCAGGUACAUAUUUAUUAAUAUGUUAAUCAAAAUAGAAGAAGAAUCUGUGAUUUGUUUUUUAUUAUUUCUAUUUUAAUGAUUAGGUAAUCAACUUGUGCAAUAACGAUUGUUCAUCUCACUUUCUAACCAGAUUUUAAUCUAUGACUUGACAUGAAUGCGAGAUCCUUAUUUUUGUAAAGAAAUUGAAAACUGUAAAACAUUAUGUAUGUAUAAGAGGGAAACUAAUGAACGCACAAGUGUGCGUGUGUAGACCUAAGGAAAGAAGGAUGGUGUGUGUGUGUGUGGGAUGACACACACACACAAUGUCUGUUUGGUCCCAGGCCAUUUCUGGAUUCUGCUGCUUGUACUGUAGCUGUCUGACUCUGGACUGUAUGAUGUGUUAUAGGCCCAUUACGGAAACACAUUGGGGUCAAACCAGACAGAGCUUAACAAGUCCAGUGCUAUUUUUCACAAGAACAAAUAAAACAAUGUUUUGUAUAUCAGGGAUGAAUAAAGAGAUUUUAACAAAUGGCAGUCUGGAGUCUUGAUCAU